AUGCUUAAAGUUACGUCACGUUUUGCGCAUACACUAAGUAAGCAAGAAUUACUGACGAAAGUUUUGCGUGUUGACCAUAUUGGCGAAUUAGCCGCGGUUCGUAUUUAUGAUGGUCAGAAAGCUGUGUUAUUUGGUGAGGACUCAAACAAAGCAAUAAUUGGAAAUUUACGUGCUCAAGAAAAAGAGCAUUUGGAUUUAAUGGAACGGUUAUGUGCUAAGCAUAAUGUACAACCUACAGUUUGGAGUCCAUGGUUGAGCCUUGCUGCUUACGUUUUAGGUGCAGGGACUGCUCUUUGCGGUAAAAAAACAGCAAUGGCUUGUACGACAGCUGUGGAAGAAUUGAUUGCUGAGCAUUACAAUCAACAGCUGAUGUUAUUACUUGAAGAUGACCCCGUAGAACAUGCUGAUCUUCUUAAGAUAUUAACGAAACUUCGUGAUGACGAGAUGCAUCACUAUGAUAUUGGAGUUGAAAAUGAAGGGCUUAAGGCUCCAAAAUACGAUACUAUAAAAUGGCUGAUACAGGGCGGAUGCAAGGGAGCUAUUUGGUUGGCUGAACAAAUGUGA